UCACAAUCAUGAAUAGAAUUGAUGAUCGGACGUUGUGAUUUAAUUGUCUGGCUAAAACUGGGGAAGAAAUCUGCUGAUUUGGAGCGUCUCCCUGAUUUUAGCCUCAGAAAUGGAGGAAAGGAAGUGAUUUUUGUUCCCUUUGGAUCGGAAGCUGUCCUCAGAGCGGCUCCUUCCCGUCCGGAGGCAGGAGGCGAGGAGUCUGGAGGCAGCAGCAUGGAUGUAGGAGAGAUGGAGGAAGGUCUGUGAGCUGCAUGGCUGCCUCCUUCCCCUCUGCUAGCGACAUGGAUGGGUGGCCGCAGAGACGAGGCCUGCAGACUAUGAACCUUCGCUCAGUGUUCACGGCCGAACAGCAGAGGAUCCUGGAACGCUACUAUGACAACGGGAUGACCAAUCAGAGCAAGGCCUGCUUCCAGCUCAUCCUGCAGUGCGCUCAAGAGGCCAAGUUGGACUUCAGCGUCGUUCGGACAUGGGUCGGCAACAAGAGAAGAAAGCUGGCCUCCAAGGUUGAGCAGAAUGGAAGCGCGUCUCAUUCCUUGUCCAGUCACGGAUUAGUGGGAGGGUUACUGUCCAGUCCCACGCUGGCUGGAGGGGUGCUGUCCAAUCACAGCCUUGGGACGGGGGCGCUGCUUCCUGCUGAUCUAGCCGCCGCCCGGAACAUCCAGAACCGCCUGCACCUCCUCCCCCCAUCCUCGUCUUUUCCCGCUCUCUCCUCAGCGUCUUCCUCCCCCUCAUCAUCCUCACCUCUCAGCAGCGGAAACAACAAAAGUAAUAAUGAUGUGAUACUGACUGGGAUUUACUCUCUAAACUCUGUCCCUCGCUCCCGACCGAGACCCUCAGCCGCCCCAUCUCAGUCAGACUCGGAGCUUUCCAUCCGCUCCUCUUCCUCUCUGAUCACCCAGGCUCUGCAGAGCAGAAGCACUUCCACAUCCUCACCCAUCCACCCCAAAAUAAUGACCCCGCCCUCUCAGACUCUCCCGUCACUCACGUCUGCCUCAGGACCCUUAGUCUACACUGCAGUCAGAAAGGGCACUUUAUCCAGUGGGGAAGGGGGGGUAAGUGCUGGGACAGGACCAGUACCCCACAGCUGGACUAGACAAUACGGUACAGUACAAGCUCGGCCUUGGCCGUCCUCUUCUUCACAGACUGGAGCUCAGCUUCAGCCCAGACCUCACUCCAACCCACAACCUCAGCCUCCUGCACCGCAAAAGCCUCGGGCCCCCCUCCCAGCCCAGAACGCCAGCCCCUCUUCUGAGAUGGCCCCUCGGAUUCAUCAAGUCUUCACCCUGUCAGGAAAGUCUGACUCAGAGCGGCCAAGAUCCGGGCAGGCAUCUGCUCUGAGAAGCCAGGAAUCCUUCAGACCCACUCCUCUCCCUCUGGACGCAGGUCAUAACUUCUCCAUCGCCAUGGAAACAGGAAACGAAGAGGACGAAUGGCUGAGGGAGGAGGAGCUGGCCAACAUGGCCGCCCAGACACACAUCUACAGGGAGCAGGCGCUGAGCAGCCCGGUGGGGGCUGAGGGCUCCAUGGUCAAAGGAAACCACACUCCUGCUGCGGCUGGCUCCAGAUCAGCAGCGCAUCCCAGCAGCCCAGCGCAUCCCAGCAGCCCAACGCAUCCCAGCAGCGCGGCGCUCCAGGGCAGCGCGGCGCUCCAGAGCAGCGCAGCGCAUCCCAGCAGCGCGGCGCUCCAGGGCAGCGCGGCGCUCCAGGGCAGCUAUUCCCUCACAGUACAGACCUCCAUCACAGGGGAGACCAGCUCACAGGCUUCGCCCGCCGUGUCUGCUGCUCCGUGGGUGAUCAACAGCUCCAGGAAGAGAACACUGCAGGAUCGGACUCAGUUCAGCGACGCCGACCUCAUCCAGCUGAAGCGCUACUGGGACCGAGGCAUGACCAGUCUGGGCUCGGUGUGCAGAGAGAAGAUCGCCGCUGCAGCCAACCAGCUCAGUGUAGACACUGAAAUAGUCAAGACAUGGAUCAGUAACAGACGGAGGAAGUACCGUCUGAUGGGUAUUGAAAUCCCUCCUCCUAAAGGCGGGCCGGCUGUAUUCACCAGCUCAUCUCCAGGAAGUCAGUCUCCUUCCGCCCUUAGCCCUGACGGAGAACCGCUCAGAACACCCGACCUGGCGGACGAGCUGAAUGAUGGCAGCUCUGCCUGCAUGUCUGAAGACGGGACUGUUGACUCACAUCACAGAGACGGAGAUGAUGAAACGGAGAUGUCCGCUGCUGCUCCGCUGGCCAAUAAUGUGAAGGUUGAAGUGAUCGAUGAGGAUGAAGAAGCGGAUGAAGACGGCGACUUGAUGGCUUCAGACCUGGAGCAAAUGCAGAACCUGCUGGAAUUCAAGCACGAGGAGGUGCAGUUCUUAGAAAACGAGCUAGAGAACCAAAAAGUCAAAUAUCAGGAGCUUGCAAACUUCACAAACAGCCUGCUCAGCGCCGUGAGGGACAAUGACCUGGCCAGGCAGAAGGAACUUUUGGCCAGUCUACCUCAGCCUUCAGACCAGGACUGGGACACGACUGUGGAGAAAAGAGCGCAUCCCACCUCCAACCACCAAACGCAGACGGACGGCUCGGCUCAGGAUGAUAAAAGAUUCCUGCUGGUCGACGUAAACGAAGACGACGCAGCGAGCGAAGUGGCUGAGCCCUCUGCAUCAGAGGAGCAGCUGAGGGAAGCUGGGACCGAGCAGGAGUGACUGUGAGGCUCCAGGGAGGGAGGUAUAGUCUACCGCUGAUGCAGCAGACGCCGUGCCUGUGGACUGAGGCGUCGCUCUGACUGUUGGGCUGAUCGAGGCCUUUUUUUUACUGCAUAUCAUUCGCCUUCUUGCUCUGGUCGAGUCCAGAGAGAACAAUAAAUGACCUCUAACUUAACUCUGUCUC